AUGGCUGGAAUUUGCAGGACACGAUUGGCUGAAGAGCGUAAACAAUGGCGAAAAGAUCAUCCUUACGGCUUUUUUGCGAAGCCGACAAAAGCGCCUGACGGUUCGUUGAAUCUUCUCGAAUGGGAGGUAGGAAUUCCUGGUAAACCGGGAACUAACUGGGAAGGCGGGCUGUUCAAACUCACUAUGAUAUUCCCGGAGGAUUAUCCUGCCAAACCACCUAAAUGUAAAUUCACGCCACCACUCUUCCAUCCUAACGUCUACCCAUCUGGCACGGUCUGCCUUUCUAUUCUCGACGAAGAAAAAAGUUGGAAACCGGCCAUCACGAUCAAACAGGAUUUGCUCAAUGACCCAAAUAUCUCUGACCCGGCACAAAGUGAGGCGUAUACAAUGUUCAAGAAUGAUCGCACGGCAUAUGAUCGCAGGAUUAGGCAACAAGCUAGGGAUAACGUGCCCAAGUAA